AUGACUCACUGCCUCCCCGAAGAUAUUCCACACUCAUCACCACACAUUUCCCUACGAAUUUAUAAAGACAGACUACCAGCAGUCACCCAAGGAAAGCUCACCAUCUUGACGACGCGCGAAAGCCCAGUCUGCUCGGCGGAAAGCGGCCUGGCAUCACCGCUGGCAGCGUCCUCACUCUCGGCCCUGAGCGCACUUCCCUUCCCUUCGCCGGGGCCAGCGUGCGUGCAUGCGGCACGUGGCGGACGCUGCGCGCCACGGCAGUCCUCUCGCAAUUCAUGGCAAAGUCUCCAGGGGCCACGACCGCUUCCCUGCGUUUCUCUCGCGACAGCAGGGAGCACUGUAAGGAAAUCCCACGGCCAGCUCAAGACCUGUUCGACCUGUACAGGUAAUCAACCUUCGUGCUACAAGAAGCACACGGAGGGACUCCGCAAAAGUGGUCUUCUGAAGAAAAUCAUGGAUCAUGGAUCGUGGAUUCAAGUUCUAGGAGAAAAGGGCAAGUUCGAUCCCUGCUGGCCUCUCUGGACCACGUGCGAGAAUGUGCCAAGAAGCUUACAUAAUGCAGGACCUAUAUUAUCGUUGAGAUGUAACUUGUCCCACUACGAUGUCAGGCGCUGCGAAAGCCAAGAAGGCAGGUCACAAGAACCACUAGAACUGUGACUCAAAGACCGGUAUCCCUGGCCAAGCUGUAUUUAUUUAUUUAUUGAAAAAAUUCUGCUGCAUCAACAUAUAAGGUCAUUAGCAGCGUAGCAGCGGGCAUCAGUCACGUCUCCAAAGCCCCUCCCUCCCACGGCAACGAGCAAGGAGAUUGUGGUGGUGGUGGGGGGGGGGGGUAAGCUGUAGGACUCAGUAUCACCAAAGGCGUUUGUAUAGGGGCCACAAUUUUAUCUGCAUGUCGUCCUGCACCCAUUACAAUGUAUUAUUUUGUAUAUACAUGGUUACCUAUUUGAUAGGUUUUAAUAAUGGUUCAUUUUUUUCACUUUAUACCAUGAUUUUCUGUUGUGCAAAGCUUUGAGACAGGAUGUUGUUAAAGUAUACCCUUUGCUGUUUAAAAAUGUAUGUCCAAUCCUAUACGACUUAAAUAAAUUGUAAGAGACAGAGACACAGACAGAGUGAAAGAAAGGAGGGAGUGAGGGAGAGGGAGAGGGAGAGACUGAGGUAACUGAUUCAGAUUAAACUCUAUUUCAUAACCACAAACACAAUGAUGCAUGGAAAAUAAAACAAAUAGUAGUAACAAUAAUCUGGUAACCAGUAUUUAUUUCCCAUUAUAUGACUCUGUAUAAAAGACAUGGAAUGUCAUAUUUUCUUUUGUAAAUACAGCAGGAUAAUCUAUCAAACAGUGGAUAUAUCUGAGCCUUGAUCAGAUCUUUUCAUGAAUGUACAAUUAAAAAGCAAAUAAAAAACAUUGAAAAUUA